UUUUUAUUACAUUUAUGUAAAAGAGCACAAACCCAUCAUGUAUACAGCCUGUUCUAUAUACCAUAGUGUCGGAUGAAUAUAAAAACGGAUUGUCGCUUGAUGAGGCAAUCAGUAGCCGUCGAUAACGCAAAGAUGAGAGUUCUGAUCCUUUCCGCCAUUCUCGCCUGCGUCGCUGCGGCGCCUUCGGGUCUCUUCCCUUAUGGAGCUUUCCCGAUCGCACCUGCAUCACCUUACGCAGCUUUCCCGUUCGCACCCGUGUCACCUUACGCAGCGCUCUCAGUCGCACCUGUGUUGGUAGCGCCGGAAGUACCAGCCGGUGACAUCCAGGCCGCUGCUAUAGAUGCUCAGGUUAAAAUCGCCGACCAGGCCCGUUCCCUGGCCGAUCAAGCCAGAGAACUAGCAGAGCAAGCCGCCGAAAACAAAGACGAAGGAGUUGAUGAAUCCAACGACCUAGCCAAAGCGAGAUCCGAGGAAGCCUUCUGGGCAUCUGAGGAGAAGAAAUGGCAAGCUCUCAAUGAGGCGCAAAUCGCCGAAGCAAGACUUGCAAGCGCAGCCGCUGUCGAAACCGCACCCGAAGCCGAGGAGAAAUCGGAAAUCAAAAGUGAAGCCGCUGAAGUGAAGAGCGAGGAUAAAAUGGAAAUGAAAGCCACCGAAAUCGAAAAGCCCGCCGAACCUGAAAUGAAAGGAGCUGAAAUGAAAGAAGCCGAGAAGAAGGACGACACUGUUGAAGUUAAAGCGGCUCCUGAAGCAUCUAAACCCGAAGAUCCUUUCGCAGCUUACAAAUCUCCAGUAUUAUCCCCUAUUGCUAUCGCUCCUGGAUUCAACUUCCAGCCAUACGUUGCCCCGAUCUCCUACCAAGCCGCUUAUAGAUCUUCGUACCCAAUCGCUGCCGUCCAACCUAACCACCCAGCGUUCCCUUAUUCCAUCUACCAGCCCGCUAUAGCAGUUAAGCACGCUUGGUAAUAACAUGAGACCGUAAAAAGACUAAUAAAUAGUAAUUAAAGUUA